ACCUUACGUCACCCCCCGGCGCCAGCGGCCUGCCCCGACCUGUGACGUCACGGCAUCAUGGCCACUGCUGCCUGGUUUCCCGCCUGCCGGAGGAAGAUCGCUUUUCUUCUGCGCCGCGGAGGGCGACCCUUCGCUUCCCAAACCGAGGGGGAAAUCCGGAUGACCCGAGUCCUUCAGGAGAAGUUCCCCCAGGCUGCUGCGAUUAAAGUCGUCGAUAUCUCAGGUGGUUGUGGAGCAAUGUACGAAAUACAUAUAGAAUCAGAAGAUUUUAAGGAAAAGAAAACAAUUCAGCAGCACCAGAUGGUUAAUCAGGCUCUAAGUGAAGAAAUUAAAACAAUGCAUGGACUGCGGAUAUUCACUUCUGUUCCCAAACACAGAACUGACUGAUAGUAUAUGAAAACUGUGCCUUUCAGAAGUUGUGAGAAGAUGGCCACUGGAAAAUUAUAAAACUAGUGGGUUGUAUUUCUGUCUUUCUCCCUUCUAAUCACCAAAGCCUGGUUACAGCAGCAAUAUUUAUGUCAGAUUGAAAUUUUAGCUCAUUUAAUUGUAUUAGAGUUUUUUUCCAAAACGACUAGUUGAACUUACAGUGAAAGUCUCUUUAUCCACAGUAUUAAAGCUAAGAAUGAAAAGAAUAGGAAAAAAUAUUUGCAACAUUAUCUUGUUCUUAUUUUUAAUUUAAAACUCUGUCAUGUCUCAGGUGGAAAUUUACUUGAAAUAGAAUGCAAGUUGCUGCUGCUUUUAUUGAAAGUUCUCAUAAUGG